AUCAUUAGGGGUUUCUUUCCAGGAAAAAGGCAAGACCAAGUGAAAGAGAUAUUCAGGCUGAGAUGCUUCAGAUUGCUGGAUUUGUAAUGUUUUCCAUCCUCUUCCUCUUAAUGGUGCAUUUUCUGAAGCAUCAAUGGGCACGCAACAGAUUUCCACCUGGACCGACUCCUCUUCCAAUUAUUGGCAAUCUUUGGCAACUGGAUUUUUCACUCAAGCGAGAAACUUUGGCUCAGUUAACAAAGAGCUAUGGAAACAUCUACACCUUGUGGUUGGGGACGACCCCACUCGUUGUGUUGAAUGGCUACGAGGCAGUGAGAGAAGGACUGGUGACUUCUUCAGAAGAGCUUUCGGCAAGAGCCCUCACACCUCUCUUUUUGGAUCUGAUGGGAGAAAAAGGUGUAUUUCUUACAAGUGGACAUACCUGGAAACAACAGAAACGCUUUGUCAUGAUGGUCCUAAGACACCUCGGGAUGGGAACAAAGGAGUUGGAGGACCAAAUACAAGAAGAGGCCCAACAUCUUCUGAAAGUGUUUUCAAGCAAACAAGGAAGGGCCUUUGAACCCAGAACCCAAAUUGUCCGUGCUGUGGGUAAUGUCAUAUGCUCUUUUUUGUUCGGUCAUCGCUUUCUCUAUGAGGACGAGUCUUUCAACAAAUUGAUAAAAGCUGGCUCUCUGGUAGUUUACACGCCAUUUACUUUCUGGGGCAGGAUGUAUGACGCUCUCCCAGGAGUUAUGAAUCACCUGAAAGGACUUUAUCAAGAAGUCUUGGAAUACAAUGACUUCAUACACAAUCUAGUGAAGGAAGAGAUCCAAAGCCACACGGAAAGAUGGAAGGAAGGUGAUGAACCCCAUGAUUUCGUUGAUUUCUACCUGGGUCAAAUGGCAAAGACCAAAAAUGACCCAACAUCCACUUUCAAUGAAGAUAACUUAGUCCAAACAGCUGUCGACCUGUUGCUUGGAGGAAUGGACACCAUGGCUACCACCUUUUGUUGGGCAUUCUGCUACCUGUUGAACUGCCCAGAUGUUCAAGAAAAGAGCUACAAGGAAAUCAAUGCUCUCCUGGGACCUUCUCACACCAUCACUUAUGAGGACCGGAUUAAACUGCCCUACACCAAUGCUGUGCUUCAUGAGAUCCUGCGGUUCAGCAACACAACUGGCGUUGGACCCUUGAGGACGUGCUCGAAGGAUAUCACUGUGCUGGGCUUCCCCAUCCCAAAGGGAACGUUGGUCCUUCCCAACAAUCACUCUGUGCUGUAUGACCCCAAUUUCUGGGAAACUCCUUGGAAAUUCAACCCAGGGCAUUUCCUCGAUUCAGAGGACAACUUUGUCAGCAACAGAGCUUUCCUACCCUUUUCAACAGGCCGCCGAACGUGUGUAGGAGAACCACUAGCCCAGAUUGAGCUCUUCCUAUUCUUCACUAACUUGGUCCGCACUUUCAAGUUCCAGCUGCCAAAGGGAACGAAGGAAGUCAGUUUCGAGUAUAUCCUGGGAGGUACACGGCACCCACUCCCGUUUGAGUUUCAUGCAAUUCCACGUUAACCUACCUCUCUUUAAGAUGCAACUGGGACCAGUGCAUUAGGACAAGUGUAGAGGUUUUGAACACAUUGGAGUUUCAUGCCUUGGACACAUGGUCCCGUGACUAGUGGCACAAACAUCUAUUAUUAUUAUUAUUAUUAUUAUUAUUAUUAUUAUUGACACAACAACAUUGUAUGACACAGCAAACAAGAUAGAUAUGCUGGAUUUCAUAUCACAAAAUCGCAAGUUGAACACUUCCCAAGUGUCUAGGACUGUAUGAUGUAUUUUCGGAUGAUGCGCACAGAUCCCAGUAGAUUGUAAUUUUGUCAAUGUCUAUUGUUUCCAAAUGCCGGCUGAGAUCUUUUGGCACGACACCCAGUGUGCCCAUCACCACCGGGACCACCUGCACUGGUUUCUGCCAGAGUCUUUGAAGUUCGAUCUUGAGGUCCUGAUAGCGGCUGAGUUUUUCCUGUUGUUUUUCAUCAAUCCAACUGUCACCUGGUAUGGAGACAUCAAUGAUCCAAACCUUUUUCUUUUCCACAUCUGUGAUGUCUGGUGUGUUGUGUUCCAGAACUUUGUCAGUCUGGAUUCGGAAGUCCCACAGUAUCUUUGCGUGCUCAUUCUCCAAUACUUUUGCAGGUUUGUGAUCCCACCAGUUCUUUUCUGCUGGGAGGUGGUACUUGAAGCAUAAGUUCCAAUGAAUCAUUUGGGCCACAUAGUUGUGCCUCUGUUUGUAGUCUGUCUGUGCGAUUUUCUUACAACAGCUGAGGAUAUGAUCAAUAGUUUUAUCAGCUUCAUUGCAGUCUACAUUUUGGGUCAUCAGCUGAUUUUUCGAUCUUGGCCUGAAUUGCCUUUGUCCUGAUGGCUUGCUCCUGGGCUGCAAGAACCAGGCCUUCUGUCUCAUUCUUCAGUGUCCCAUUCGUGAGCCAGAGCCAGGUAUUAUUAUUAUUAUUAUUAUUGUUAUUGUUAUUAUUAUUGUUAUUAUUAUUAUUAUUAUUAUUAUAUUAUGACACAGCAAACAAGAUAGACAUGCUGGAUUUCAUUAUUAUUAUUAUUAUGAUUAUUAUUAUUAUUAGAUACACAACAUGAUUAGUACACAGCAAACAAGAUCACUCUGCUGGCUAUUGUAUUGGAUCACACAUCAAACACUUCCCAAGUGCCUAGGACUGUGUGAUGUAUCAGCAAAUAAUACGUGCAGAUUCGAGUAGGGUUGCCUUUUGCAAAUGACAGAUGUUAAUUUUGUCAGCCCUGAUUAUUUUCAAGUGCAGGCCAAGGUCUUUAGGCACUGCACCCAAUGUGCCAAUCACCACUGGGACCACCAUUACUGGCUUGUGCCAGAGUCUUUGCAGUUCGAUCUUUAAAUCCUCAUAUCGUGUCAACUUUUCCAGUUGCUUCUCAUCAAUUCUGCUGUCGCCUGGGAUUGCCACAUUGAAGAUCCUCCACGAUUGUGAGGUCAGGAGUAUUGUGCUCCAAAACUCUUGUCAGUCUGAAUUCAGAAGUCCAAAUUCAGACUGACAGACGGAAUAAUAAUAAUAAUAAUAAUAAUAAUAAUAAUAAUAAUAAUAAUA